UUAGAACGUUAGGGAGGUUGCUUAAUUUGAACAUGUGGGGCCAAGAGACAAAGCUGAAAAAGACGGAAGCUCUUCCAACAUAUGGACCACUGCCAACAAAUAAAAAAAUUGGGUCUUCUUCACUCUUUCUUUCUUCUCCAAGCCUGGCCUACUGCUGGCAGCUACUUUUUGGCAGGAGACAGGGCUAAAAGCGUUUUUAAUUUGAAUUUCAAAUUUAAAGCGUCCUUCCAUAGAGUAGGAAACUAAACGAAAGCUGAAAGUUGGAAUUUUGAGCUUCACAUUCUGCGAAGAAGCCAUGGGAGAGUCAGCUUGUCUCAUGCAUGCAUUCUCCUAUGCUUCUGGCAUAUCCAAUGAGGCCAAGCAGGGAAACCCCAUGCAUGCUCUUGGGGACUCGAUCUCCUUCGGGAGGUUCAUGACAGAGUCAUUAUCUUGGGACAAAUGGUCAGCCUUCUCGCAGAACCGUUACGUCGAAGAGGCUCAGAGGUACGCUCAGCCAGGAUCAGUGGCCCAAAAGAAGGCCUUGUUUGAAGCUCAUUACAAGAAAAUUGCAGCCAAGAAGGCAGCAGAAGCCUUGCUUCAGCAGGAAAAUGAUUCUCGAAGUACAGAUCUUCACUCCAUUGUAAAUGUUCAGGGCUGCAAUGCUGCUGCAGAAAUGGAGAUUGGGGAGGAGAAGAAAGCGGAGAUAGUAGCAGAAGAUGCAGCUGCUUUGGAGAAUCCAAUGGAGAGUGAAUCUGUAAAGGAGAUUGUGAGUGUAGUGAAGCAGAAUACGGCUCCUGAGAAGAGCAUGGAGCUUAUUGGCAAUUCAGUCUCAUCUUCACAAUUGGAGAUACCUUUGUUGAAGCAGGGUUUCAAGUCCAGUCAAGAGGCUUCUUCGCCUUUGACCAAGAAGAAACCGGCAUUUGCACCUUCAAAACCAUGUAUUCAGCUUAAAGAACCCAAAGUUCAAGCUUCACCUGCUAAACCUGCAACUUCCCAUAACCACAAGAAAGGAAGCAGUGUUACUCCAAUUACCAGGAAUAAUUCCCCGAAAGGCUGUGUGGAUAAGAAGAGAUCGACUUUGAAUUCACUGCGUUCGCUAAUUUAUGCUACUCCUGCCAAAGAGCCGGACAAACCCACAACCCCAGCUGCUCGAAGAGCUGGAAGCUCAAGAGUUGCUCCCAGCUCUUAUAAGGCAUCUAAAGUUCACGAAACUCCUCUAAUGACUCCACUAACGGGUAAUAACAAUGGCGCAUUCAAGAAUGCUUCUGCAACCCCUCGAUCAGAAAAUAGAAGCUGCUCCAAGUCCUUGAGUGCCUGCAGAAACAAAUUACAGUCACCAACUUUAUCUGUUCCUUUCAACUUGAGGACAGAGGAAAGAGCAGCCAGAAGAAAGCAGAAGCUUGAAGAAAAAUUCAAUGCCGACGUGGCACAAAGGGUCCAGCUGCAGACAAGACUAAAGGACAAAGCAGAAAACGAACUCCGAAAACUGCGUCAAACUCUCUGUUUCAAAGCCCGGCCACUCCCUGAUUUUUACAAGGAAAGGGAAACACCCAAGAGUCAGACAAAGAAUGCCAAGAUUCCCUUAACUCAUCCUGAAUCACCCAAGCUAGGAAGAAAGCCACGUUCCAGCAGCAGCUCAUUGCAAGGUAAAGGCUCUCUACGUCCAGGAACACAUUCCACCAAGAGCAUUGGCCAUAAGAAUGCCCAGAAAAAGAACAGUCAGAUCCCAAACCCUGGAAUGAUGAUUACCCAUGAAAACACUUCUCCAAACAUUCAGCGUUAUUCAUCAGCAACUGAAUGAUUCAUCAUCAACCGUUGCUUUCACAAGCACAGGAUAGAUUGCCAUAGAGAUGGCUUGUCUCAGUAUCAUUUAGGAAUCCAAAUAUUGUAAAUUUCUUUUAUCUGUUGCCCGGACACCUCUGUUAAGGGUUUGUUUUUAUUUUUA